UCCGGCACCGCGCUCGGGGGAGGGACUAUAGUGGGAAGGGGACGCGCGCCUCGCGACCUGGUCUCUAGUCAUCGCCCUCGCCGCGGCGGCCAACACCAGCGCUCCUGCCACCCCUCCCAGACUGUGGACGGGAGGAUGGAGUCGAUGGUUGUCGCUACCGACGGCGGGGAGAGGCCGGGGGUCCCAGCGGGCUCAGGCCUGUCGGCCUCCCAGCGUCGAGCCGAGCUGCGUCGGAGGAAGCUGCUCAUGAACUCCGAACAGCGCAUCAACCGGAUCAUGGGCUUUCACAGGCCCGGGAGCGGCGCGGAAGAAGAAAGUCAAACAAAAUCAAAGCAGCAGGACAGUGAUAAACUGAACUCCCUCAGCGUUCCUUCAGUUUCAAAACGAGUAGUGCUGGGUGAUUCAGUCAGUACAGGAACAACUGACCAGCAGGGUGGUGUGGCCGAGGUAAAGGGGACCCAACUGGGAGACAAAUUGGACUCUUUCAUUAAACCACCUGAGUGCAGUAAUGAUGUCAACCUUGAGCUCCGGCAGCGGAACAGAGGGGACUUGACAGCGGACUCAGUCCAGAGGGGUGCCCGCCAUGGCCUAGAGCAGUACCUUUCCAGAUUCGAAGAAGCAAUGAAGCUAAGGAAACAGCUGAUUAGUGAAAAACCGAGUCAAGAGGAUGGAAGUACAACAGAAGAAUUUGACUCUUUUCGAAUAUUUAGAUUGGUGGGAUGUGCUCUUCUUGCUCUUGGAGUCAGAGCUUUUGUUUGCAAAUACUUGUCCAUAUUUGCUCCAUUUCUUACUUUGCAACUUGCGUACAUGGGAUUAUACAAAUAUUUUCCCAAGAGUGAAAAGAAGAUAAAGACAACAGUACUAACAGCUGCACUUUUAUUAUCGGGAAUUCCUGCUGAAGUGAUAAAUCGAUCAAUGGAUACCUAUAGCAAAAUGGGCGAAGUCUUCACAGAUCUCUGUGUCUACUUUUUCACCUUUAUCUUUUGUCAUGAACUGCUUGAUUAUUGGGGCUCUGAAGUACCAUGAAGCCUGCAGAACUGAGAAGGAGAAGCUUACAAAAAAAAAAAAAUCCUCUUUUAUAUUGCAGUGUCUCUAAAGGAGGCAAAUUAGUUUACACCUUCAUGUAAUUCUUUUACUUUAGGGGUUGCAAAACUACUUUAUUAGAAAUAGAAUGGCAGAUUCUCUGAUUUAAAAGGGCUGAGUUUGUAUUAUUACUGAUAUGAAGAACAGAGUACCAAUGUCAUUAAUUGAUUUUUCUUGUUUAAUCAGAAUCCUUAUUCUGUACCUUUCCUCUAACUUCUCAGAUUUGUAAUUCUUCUUUUGGGAGCUGAACUAGUGCUUUUAGGAGAACAGAUAAACGUAGUCUCAGCCAGCCCUAGAGACUGCUUCUUGUAUUUGUGUCAUUCUGUCCUGAGAAAUGAAGUCAUCUGAAAAAUAAAAUGAAAGAAACUGAAUUGUCUAAUGUUAA